AUGGCUAUUCCUGAACUUUUCGAGGAGCUUCAGUCAUUGACCAUACUAGCUACGAUUUACGGGGCCGACAGCGAAGAAUUUGUACCGUGCUCGUCGACAGUCCUCCAGUUCACGAGCAUAGGGGAUUGCCACAAUUCGUCCUUCGUCUAUUACAGCAUCGACUCGUGUACACCACCUAGCGAAAUAUCGUCGUCGUCGAGCUCUGCAACGCCAUCUGCGACACCUUCGACGUCUCCGUCUUCGACGCCGUCGCCUAGUGUAGCAAGCAAGCCUCGCAAGAGCAACACUGGUGCUAUAGCUGGUGGUGUAGUCGGUGGCGUAUGUGGGCUCGCUCUCAUCGCUGCCGCCGUCUUUCUGCUUCUACGACGGAACAAAAAGCCUGGCCAACCACCGGAAGAAGCUCCCGCGGACGAGCGACGAGAGGUUGAUGGAAGGAGCGCAAUGGCCGAAAUGCCACACCAAGGCCCCAAACAUGAGAUGGACUCGAAGAACAUAGCACCACAGGAGCUCGGUGACAAGAAGAGUGUGGACCUGCCACCUGUUGAGCUUCCAGGCGACGAUGCUGCUCGACAUUCCCAGCAUAUAAUCGACUCUCAGCUUACUGCCAGUGAGAAGCGCUGA